CGUGGGCCCCGAUGGCCGCGGGGCAUGGCCCAGACAGCAAGCACCAGCAGCAGCAUCACCGACGCCGCUGUCCGCCAGCAGUGGAUCGAAGUCCAGGCCCGACUGGCCAGCAGCCGCACAGCGACCGACGAUAUCGCAUUCUCAGUACCGCCACAGGCCGACGGCCCCUGGCAGGGGCUCCGUCUUAUUGGUGGCGUUGAUGUUUCCUUUGUCGAAAACACCGACGAGGGAGUUGGAUGCUUGGCCAUUUUGGAGUUUCCUUCGUUCAAGGUGUUGUACACAGACAUGGUUCGAGUCACCCUCAGUCUUCCGUACAUUCCCGGCUUCCUUGCAUUCCGAGAGGCCUCAGUCUUUCAGACGCUGCUUGACAACCUGAAGCAACGAGCGCCCGAACUCUAUCCCCAGGUCUUGUUCGUGGACGGAAACGGCAUUCUACAUCCAAGAAAGUUUGGCUCAGCCUGCCAUCUUGGAGUGCUUGAGGAUAUUCCCACGAUUGGAGUCGGCAAGAAUUUUCUUCAAAUUAGUCAUGAAAAUCUGCGCAUGCAAGAAGUCAAAGCUCGUCGCAAUGAGCUGAAGCAGGCCGGGGAUUAUUUCGACAUUAUCGGAAGCUCUGGAUUCAUCUAUGGCGCUGCGCUGCGCGCUUCGAACGACUCCAUCAAUGCCAUCUAUGUCUCUCCAGGCCAUCGUGUCUCACACGAAACUGCAAUCAAGCUGACCAUCCGUUGCUGUAAAUUCCGGGUUCCUGAACCUAUCCGAGCCGCCGACGGUCUCUCCAGAGCAUAUAUCCGUGCCCACCCAAGCGGCUGAAGCGACUGAGCAAGCAGCCGAGUCCUACAUCCAUCGGCUGGGGAGCGCUCUUAUCGGAACAGAUGCGCUUCGAGCCCAGUCCGUGCAGCCCUCUCAGCGAGCUGCAGGCCAUUCGGAAUCCAGAGCUCGCAGCGAUUAUUGAGCGAUGCUGGCCAUGGGUUUCGAGUGACUCGUUGAAUAAACAAUGGAACACAUUGUCUCGUUCGGACAAAACCACGA